CACAAGCGUUUGCGAUGGAAAUUUACCUCACAAAGCAGACAGAAGGCUAAAGUUGCGUGGGGUGGGUGGUCAGAAAAACAUACUAAAGCAGGGGUGUCCAAACCUUUUCCACCGAGGGUCACAUCCCUGUACUACAGCAUUACUUGAGUUUUAUUUUGAAAAUAUCUUUUCAUUUACACUCGUACAAAAACUUACCGAUGCCAUCCAGUCACCCUUAUUUUGUAAUAAUUCAUAAAAAAUUCAGUUCUGCUUACAUUUGACCAAGCUAUAACAUUACAUAACUUUUAUUUUGAAAUCCGUGUGGGACCUCUGUCUAGUUACUUUUCAUAAUGAAUCAUUUUUCAAUGAUAAAAAAUCAUUGACAUUGUUACUAAAUUACCCAACCAUGCAGCUUUAUAGCCUUUAUUUUGAAAUCUAAACUGUCUACAGGAAAAAACAUCAAACAAAAGCAUGACAUGAGUUUUAUUUUGAAAAUGUAUUUAAAUUAAUACUUGUUUGCCUGUACAAAAGCCUGCCCUUGACAACCUGUCAACGUUAUUUUGAAAUUCCUCUUUUGUAUUUGAGUAGUCAAGCAUUUGAUUACGGAAUUCAUGACUGCUUUUAUUUGAUCAAACUGUAACAUAACAUAACUUUUAUUUUGAAAUCCACGUGGAACCUCUGUCGUACCACAGCUGUUUCAUAAUUAACACAUUUUUAAAAAUGUAAUAAAACAUUUGGCAUUUUAAAUCCUUUAUUGUAGAUAAUGAAUUAUAAUUAUUGAUGAUGAUCGCUCAUUUACAAACGUGGUCAGAUUGUGCUAAAACGGGGGGCGGGGGCUAAAACUGCAACGAACACGUCUAUUUAACACUUACAGUAUAUUGUAAUUACAACCCUUAAAUGAAAUUAUGCUUUUACUUUGAAAUAUAUGUCCUUCAAGGAAACCGUUUUAGGAGGCUGUUAGCAGUGUCUUGUGGGUGAACAGCUGCAGCGCAAAUGAAAAGAAGGUCAGGUCAGGUCCUCCUAGUCUUCCUUGCUGACACCAUGAGGAGGAACACAUGGUUCAAGAACCACAGGAAGGCUCUGGUGAAGUCGGUGGAUAAGAAGAUUCCAAAUGGUUUCCUGGAGGAACAAGGAGAGCAGAGAGUGGUCCUCCUACCCAGGUCGCCCUCGCCCUCCAAGAGGUACUUCCCCAUCCCGCUGGACUCGCUGGAGGACGAGUACCGCGUGCGCUCGGCAGACGACGGCAAGCUCUUCAGAGAGGAGUUCAACUCGCUGCCGUGCUACUACCACCACGGCUCCUUUGAGGAGGCCAGCAAAGAGCACAACAGAGACAAGAACAGAUACCCCAACAUUUUACCAUACGACCAUUCUAGAGUGGUGCUCAGCAGUCACAUUGGCCACGCGUGCUCAGACUACAUAAAUGCAUCUUACAUUGACGGGUUUAAACAAAAGAAGAAAUUCAUUGCGGCUCAAGGUCCAAAGCUGGAGACCGUGGCCGACUUCUGGCGGAUGAUCUGGGAGCAGAAGACUGCGACCAUCGUGAUGCUGACCAAUUUGAAAGAAAGGAAAGAGGACAAAUGUUAUCAGUACUGGCCGGAGAAAGGCUGCUGGAUGUACGGCAACAUGAGAGUGGCCAUGGAGGACGUCACCGUGCUGGUGGACUACACAGUGAGGAAAUUCUGCAUUCAAUAUCAGGGCAGCGAUGGACCCCGGGCCCCCUGCCUGGUCACUCAGCUCCACUUUACCAGCUGGCCGGACUUCGGGGUGCCGUUCUCGCCCAUCGGCAUGCUGAAAUUCCUCAAGAAGGUCAAGGCAGUCAACCCGUCCUACGCCGGGCCCGUUGUGGUGCACUGCAGCGCCGGUGUGGGAAGGACGGGCACGUUCAUUGUCAUUGACAGCAUGAUCGACAUGAUGCACAUGGAGCAGAGGGUGGACGUCUUCGGCUUUGUGAGCAGAAUACGAGAGCAGCGCUGUCAGCUCAUCCAGACCGAUAUGCAGUACUCGUUCAUCUACCAGGCCCUGCUGGAGUACUACCUGUACGGAGACACCGAGCUGGAUGUGUGCUCCCUGGAGGGCCAUCUGCACCGGCUCCACAACACCAGAGCCCCCCACGACAGACUGGGCCUGGAGGAGGAGUUCCGGAAGCUGACCAAUGUGCGCAUAAUGAAGGAGAACAUGAGAACGGGGAAUCUCCCAGCCAACAUGAAGAAGAACCGCGUGCUUCAGAUCAUCCCGUAUGAUUUCAACCGAGUAAUUCUGUCAGUGAAAAGGGGUCAGGAGUUCACCGACUACAUCAAUGCCUCCUUUAUUGACGGCUACAGGCAGAAGGACUAUUUCAUCGCAACCCAGGCCCCCCUGUCUCACACGGCGGAGGACUUCUGGAGGAUGGUGUGGGAGUGGAGGUGCCACUCGAUCGUUAUGCUCACUGAACUAAAGGAGAGGGAGCAGGAGAAGUCAUUCCAGUAUUGGCCAUUAGAGGGCAGUGCUACAUUUGGAGACUACACAGUGGAGCUGAGUGGAGAUUCACAGGGUGAAGCCUUCACGCUCAAAGACUUGCUGCUCACUUGCAGGCCCGAGAACCAGUCACAACACGUCCGUCAUUUCCACUUCCACGGAUGGCCUGAGAUCGGAAUCCCGUCGGAGGGGAGAGGGAUGAUUGACAUCAUCGCGUCGGUGCAGAGGCAGCAGCAGCAGUCUGGAAACCGUCCCAUCGUCGUGCACUGCAGUGCCGGCGCGGGUCGGACGGGGACCUUCAUCGCCCUCAGUAACAUCCUGGAGAGGGUGAAGGCUGAAGGCCUGCUGGACGUCUUCCAGACGGUGAAGAGUUUACGCAUGCAGAGGCCGCAUAUGGUCCAGACAGUGGAGCAGUACGACUUCUGCUACCGAGUGGUGCAGGAUUUUGUGGACAUCUUCUCCGACUACGCCAACUUUAAAUAACGCCCGACUUCUAUCGGAUUAUGCAAUUGUUUUUCUUGUUGCUUUUGAAUGUAUGUUUUCUAAGGUAACACUUUUUACAUUUUGUAUCAUAUUGUAACAUAGGCAGACAUCUAGGAUUCAAUUAUACUUGUUUUUAAUGUUUUACUUGAAAAUACAGUGUUCCCUCGCUCCACCGCGGUUCACCUUUUGCGGACUCGCUGUUUUGCGAUGUUUUGAAUGAACGCUGUUACGAGCCCGGCCCUUUAAGAAGAAUUGCAUUGUGGGAAGUGGAGUGUUGUAGUUCUGAGGCGGCGGUGUCUUCUGUCUGCACCGUCCAUUGUCUUCCGAGUUCUGAUUGGCUGUAGACCAUUGUCAAUCAAUCUCCUUUGUGCCGUCUCUUGUUGUGGUCAUGUCUAGCAAACUAGCUAACCGUGUGAGCUGCUUGCUUACCACCAAGAAGACGCUAACCGCGUGUGACUCUGAACGCUGUGUGGUUGCCAGCUUUCUCCCUGACAAAGCCCACAAUGUCCACGAAACGUUCUGCACCCAAAAGGCAGAGGAAGCCAACCAUCACACUAAAAGGUGGACGUGUGGACACACUGAAGGAAGGCAGAAGUUACGCGGCUGUAGGACGCCAUUACGGAAUACUGUAAACAAAUCUUCGGUUCCUGGAGGACGAGGAGGAGGAGUAAAAUAGGACGACAGGAGCAAUAUGUUUUAACAAGGAUAAAAAGAAACGCUACUGUACAGCGGAGCGGCGCCAGGACGAAGACGCACGGUCAGAGGAGUGAAAUACGCGUGAGCCACUUCAUCAUUUCUUGUGUCCAACCUGGUAGGUUGAUCAUUACAAUUCAAAGGAAAUUUGAACUUUGAGUGUUUAAACGAGAGAAAUGUGAGAAAAUGUUCACGUGUGUGUGAGAAAAGUGUAUCAAGUGUAUGGUGGGGGCUUUUACAGCCUGAAAACAAAUACUGUAGAAUCUCUGGAAACUAAGUUGGCUACUUUGCAGAUUUCACUUAUUGCAGCGUAUUUUGGGAACCUAUCCCCCGCGAUAAACGAGUGAACACUGUAUGUCAGUUUUAUCUGUUCAAUACGUGACUGUAGAGUAAAUGUAUGUGAAUAUAAUUGCAGGUAUUUAAUGCUGACUUUCCUACGAUAUACGUGCGGCACUCUGCUUUACCUUUCUGAGCGACCACAAUGCCUUUUAGUCGCACCCAGUAAGUAAGUAGAAAUGUUCAAGUGUGUUUGUUGGGCGAGAUGAGUAACAUUCUCCAACAAAAGCAUCCAAUUGAAAAUGCAUUGGACUGUGUUGGUAAAUGACUUGAAUUCCUCGCCUAUGAAUAACUCAGCAGCCGCUGUCGCUUGUCAUUUUAGUCAACUUCAGCAACUUUCUUCUUUUGCCCGUGGCCAUAUUACUUAGUGCUUCAGUGCCUGACACUGCAAAAUGCCAUUAACCCAUAUUGGAAAUCAUGUCUAAUAACUCCAAGUCAAAACAUGUCAUUCACACGGGCUUUCCCCACCGCCCCCGCACACCCCCCCUUAGUAUCCAAUUACGCUUUUAACAUGCCGGCCAUUUCUCCAGCAUGCACGUUUGAUUAGAAAAACUGGAGUUUUGAAGCGUAAGCCGGACCACGUAAGCCGGACCACAUUUCCAACGUUGGCGCGUUAGGAGUUCGGCUUUGAUGUUUUUGGUGAAUGACGUCAUGACUGAUGUACGUACUUGCUAACUUUAUGCAGCUAUUCAUGGACAACAAGGGUGUUCAUAUGAAAUAUAGCCCCAAAAGUGCAUGUGCUAGGCCUUUUUACGCACAUUUUGACGGUAACGGUUAGCAGUUUCGUUGGAGAAUCCCACAGCAUUUCUGCAAAAACUUUAAAAACGAUCUAUUUUUGCAAUAGCAAGACUUGUGCUUACUUUUACUGCGCAGUAAGCCGUUGCUUUUACUAUUUACUAGCGUGAGUUGUUGUGGUCAUCACUAAGCUUUACAAGAGUGCCAUUGUUUUUACAUCGAAAUAAUUGUAAUAGAUAGAUUGGGGGUGUCCAAAUUGCGGCCCGGGGGGGUGUUUGUGGUCCUCGGCUGUUUUUUUGAUUGUCCCACACCACAUUCGAAAAAUAUACAGCAAAAAUGGGAAAAUUGGCAGUAACUUGACAAGAAUAAAGUCAAAAUAUUCUGAGAAAAAAAGUUGUAAUCGAACAGGAAAAAAUCCCAAUUUUGCAAGAACAGCAUAUUAACACGUAAUAUUAAGACGUAAUAACAUUGUUUCAGUAGCAGUUGAAAUAAUAAAGACUUUUUUAAAAAGUUGUAAUUUUAUGAAAAACAACAAAUAAAAUGAGGUUGCGGAAAAUGUUGUGAUGUUAUAAUCAAAUAUAAAAAUAAUGUCAUAAAGUCCAAAUAUUGUGGGAAUACAUUCAUAAUUAGGAGAAGAAAAUUUACAAAGUGGGUCAUUUUUUUGGAGAAUAAAGUCAAAAUAUGAAAAGAAAAUAAGUUGUAUUCUAACGGGGAAAAAGUUUACGAGAGAAGACUCGUAAAAUAACGUCAUUUUAGUAGCAAAGAGUUGAAAUAUUCAAGGAAAAAAUAUGUUUUGUAAGUCGUCGUGUGAGAAACAAAUACAAGUAAAUAAUGUUGUAAUUUGGGGACAAUUAGCUUGGGGAAAAGUUCAAAUGAGAAGUCGUAAUUAAAACAAAACUAAAGUUGUCAUUUUUGGGAAAUUAGGCUGGUGAAAAAUAUUAUGGAAAUAAAGAGCAGAACUUUUACAAGAAGACUGUUGAAAUAGUUGGGGCGUGGGAAAAAGCCCAACAACAGCAGAAAUGGAAAAACAGCUGCAAUUUUACCAGAAAAAUUUGUAAUAUUAUGAGGACAAAUAAUAUCAUUUUAGUAGCACAGAGUGUGAAAUCUUAAAGGAAAAAAAAUGUUUUUUUAAGUCGUAGUGUGAGAAACAAAUACAACUAAAUAAAGUUGGCAUUUUUGGAAAAUUUGCUUGGGGAAAUGUUAUAAUAUUACGGCAAUAAAAUGAAAAUAUUAUGGGAAUAAAGUCAUAAUUACGAAAGAAUGUUUACAACAAGAAAGUUGAAAUUGUUUUUUUUUAUUUAAAAAAACAGCAGUAAUUUUAUGAGAAUGAAGUCAAAAUAUGAAGAGAAAAAAGUUGUAUCCUGAAGAAUUUUGUGAGAAUGAAAUGAUGAUAUGAUAUGAAGAACACGCCUUCCCACCCACAGCAGACCACAAAGCUGGGAUGCAGCCGCCCUCGGGGGAACACGUUUGGGCACCCCUGCCUGCCGUCAAUGCUCCGUUUCUAGCCGGGGUGACCUCAUGAGACAAGCUGCUGAUUCCCAAAUGGGACGACAAUGAUUAGGAGUGCAUGAAAAAGUGCAACGGAAAAGUUCUCUCUCUCUGACCACCAUUGAUUGUAAGUUAUGAAGUAUGUUGCACAAGCCAGCGGCAACACAACCGAUGUUGUAACACCACCAGUGUAACACGCAUGACUUUCACAGCCACGUCAUUUUAAAGCGGCAGAGGUAGAUCAGGCUGCUCGAUGCUGACCACUGGCGAUACUUUAAAUGCAGCUGCUGCCAUCUUGUUGAGUUAUCAGGAGGUUUCCUACAGCCACAGAUUGCUUUUGAGGCAAGAAUUGGAGCAUUUAUGAAAUGUAGGAAUAAUACUAGCAUCGAGGCCUUGCUCCAGAAGUGUUUCAUGGAACUUUCAGCCUUUUUUCACCCCCCCCACUCUCUUGUACAAAGUUGAUUCCAAUAAAUAAUAGAUGGAGAGAAAUGCUGGCGCUGUUUUGUUGUCUGGCUCCUAACAGGUGCGUGCAAACGCAAACAUGUUGCAGGUCUCACGCUGUUUGAAUCCUCGCAGCGACGCCGGGCCCGUUGGAGCACUUAGGCGGCUCCAUUAGUGGCAUUUUGCGUCCCAUUAGUGUGUCACACCUGCAGAGAGGGGAUUAUAAUCCUGUUGGCGGCACCUAUAAAAAGGCCUCCCCCUGCUUGAUGCGGCCACAUGCUAACGAGGCUAAUCAAGAGGUGAGUGCGGUGUUGCUG